AUGCGGGACAGUAUACAACAAUCGACAGAAAGACUUGAGACAUUGUGUUGCACCGCCUCCUACUGCACCUGCACCACCCCCUACUGCACCGCCCCCUCCUACUGCACCACCCCCUACUGCACCGCCCCCUCCUACUGCACCGCCCCCUCCUACUGCACCUGCACCACCCCCUACUGCACCGCCCCCUCCUACUGCACCUGCACCGCCUCCUACUGCACCUGCACCACCGCCUCCUACUGCACCUGCACCCUACUGCACCGCCCCCUACUGCACCUGCACCGCCCCCUCCUACUGCACCUGCACCCUACUGCACCGCCCCCUACUGCACCGCCUCCUACUGCACCUGCACCACCGCCUCCUACUGCACCUGCACCCUACUGCACCGCCCCCUACUGCACCUGCACCACCGCCUCCUACUGCACCUGCACCCUACUGCACCGCCCCCUACUGCACCUGCACCGCCCCCUCCUACUGCACCGCCCCCUACUGCACCGCCCCCUACUGCACCGCUCCCUCCUACUGCACCGCUCCCUCCUACUGCACCGCUCUCUGUUGAGUGUUGCUUAUUUAUUCAGACUUAUGUCACACAUGCUCACAUAUUUGUGA